GAGAAACAGAGAAUCAGAGAGGGCUAGUGAUCUCUCGGACACUCUGUUGGUAGAAAGGGUCUCGUCCCACCCACCACCCUCCAGGAUCCGAUGGCCCAGGAGAGAGGCUGCAAGGACCACAGACACUGCUGACUCUUUAGAACGUGCUGACAUGGAGCCAGAUCAUUCGGCCCUGAGUGCGGCGAGGACCCUGUUCGUGGAUGUGGAGGAGCGCGGGCCGGAGGCCAUGGACGUGAAGGAGAGGAAGCCGUACCGCUCGCUGACCCGGCGCCGCGAUGCCGAGCGCCGCUACACCAGCUCGUCUGCGGACAGCGAGGAGGGCAAAGCCCCGCAGAAGUCCUACAGCUCCAGCGAGACCCUGAAGGCCUACGACCAGGAUGCCCGCCUGGCCUACGGCAGCCGCGUCAAAGACAUGGUGCCGCAGGAGGCAGAGGAGUUCUGCCGGCCAGGCACCAACUUCACACUGCAUGAGCUGGGGCUGGGGGAGGUGACACCCCCUCAUGGGACCCUGUACCGGACCGACAUCGGCCUCCCCCACUGUGGCUACUCUAUGGGGGCCAGCUCUGAUGCCGACAUAGAGGCUGACACCGUCCUGUCCCCUGAGCACCCUGUGCGGCUGUGGGGCCGGAGCACACGGUCAGGCCGCAGCUCCUGCCUGUCCAGUCGGGCCAACUCCAACCUCACGCUCACCGACACAGAGCACGAGAACACGGAGACCGGUGCUCCCUUGCAUUGUUCAUCCGCUUCAUCAACCCCUAUUGAGCAGUCCCCCUCCCCGCCCCCCCUCCCCUCCGGCCAAUGAGAGCCAGAGGCGGUUGCUAGGCAACGGUGUGGCCCA